AUGGGGAAAGCCGGUCGCGUUGUGUGUAUUUUCACACCCUAUGUCUUGACCAUCGCGUCAUUGAUUUGUAUCAUUAUGGUGGGAUUGGGUUGCACCAAAGCCAGCUCCUCCACCUUGAACAACCUUUACUUCAUGCGACUCGACCUUUCAAACAUGAGCUCAAAUUCGGACGCCAUAUCAACAAUCGAGAACAAACUUAGCGAAGCCGGAAUUGAUGUCUCCGAUAGCGAUAUCACAAAGCUCAUCGACACACUGCAGGAUGAUUCCACCAUCGCGGAUUUCUAUGACAUUGGUCUUUGGGGUUACUGCCAGGGUAACAUCACCAAUAGCAAGGACACCGUCACUUCAUGCACAAAGCCUAAGGCCGAAUUUUACUUCAACCCUUCUUCGGUCCUGGGUGUUAGCGAAUCUGAGCUUGAAUCUGAGCUUGGCAGCGGUGUGAAGAAGAUCAUGAAGGUCUACAAGGCCGUCUCCAAGUGGAUGUUCAUCGCCUACCUUGUCGCAUUCAUCGCCACCUGCGCCCAGAUCCUAGUCGGUAUCUUCGCCAUCUUCAGUCGCUGGGGCAGCUGUGUCACCACCAUUGUCUCGAUUGUCUCUUUCCUCUUCACAUUGGGCGCCUCUCUUACCUCGACGAUCAUGUUCUCCAUCGCGAAAGGCUCCCUCGGAACAGCCAUGGAAGCCUAUGGCAUCGAUGUGUCAAUGGGCAAGAACAUCUACGCCGCCACAUGGCUCGCGGUUGCCUUCUCUCUGGCCGCUACCUUCUUCUGGAUGUUGAGCACUUGCUGCUGCUCUGGCCGCUCCCCCUACGGCCACAAGGACCGCCACAACACCCGUGGCGGCAUCACUGCCGAGAAGGCUCCUUACACAUACGAGCCCAUCGGUGCCGCCCACCCUCCCUUCGGCUCCCAGCCCUAUGCCCCCCAGCACGGCCAAAACACCUCCUAUCCUCCCCACAACGACAUCCCCAUGACCCACCAAUCCCCCAACCACCAGCCAAGCGCCUAUGAGCCCUUCCGUCACGCCUAA